CGUCAAUUCUGAUUUAUAUGGGCAAAGAGCGUGCUUCGUCCAAUGGUAUAUAAGUUAAGUACAAGGAUACUUGCACCGCACGCAUAUAUUCGCUGACAGCUCUUACGGAGUAGGCUCAGCCCCUAUACUAACUACUAAGUAAGUAAACCAACCAUCCAUAGAUUUCUACAUAGUAGAUAUCAUUUUGCUUGGCUGCAUUGAAAGCAAAUAGAAUCAGGCAACUCUAGAGCUUACAUAUACACGUCCUGUCUUUUCCGUAUAAGUCUGUCUGGUACCCACUCCUUUUAUAUACCUAGACAUCUGAUCUAAGCGGCGAACACCUAUAAUAACAACACAAUAUGACAAACCCCCGGGCUUUAUCCUUCUUAAAUAUAAGGAGCCGUCGUCCCAAUCCUCGAUGGCCUGUUGACAUGUGCCGACCUGCCUACCUACAUAACCAUUAGUUAACUAUGAUCCACCCCGCAGCAAUACCUCUGGAGAAAGCCAGAGCCAUGACGUCUUCCUCCCAGCUCGUCGAGGUAGACAGCCUGACGAUCCACGCCAUCGUCAACGACGAGAUCGACCAGAUCUCACCCUCGGCCCACCCCGCCGUCAAGCACCCGCAGUCCUUCAUGGGCGCCCCGCUCCGGCCCCUCGCCGACGAUGACCAGCGCGGCGGCGCCAAGUUGCAGAUGCGCAUGGACACGCUGUGCUGCGGCGCGCACGGGCUGUCGCUGCUGAUCACGGUUACGAGGGACGGGAAGUCGCAUAGUCUGCUGUUUGAUGCGGGGCCCGAGGAGGCUGUGUGGGAGAGAAAUGUGACGAGGUUGGGGCUGGACCCGGGCAGGAUCGAGAGGGUCGUGCUGUCGCAUUGGCAUCGCGAUCACUCGGGUGGUUUGCUGAGUGCGGUGAGGAUGGUUGAGGGCGCUAAGAAGAAUAGAAAGACGGAAGAGGAAGAGGAGGAUGCGGGAAAGCAAAGGGGAGACAGCGAAACGAAGAAGGUGGUCGUAGACCUACACCCCGACCGGCCCUCCUUCCGCGGCAUAAUGGCCCACGAGCCCAUCUCUCUCGAGCCCGACCCGACAUUCGCCGAGAUCGAGGGCGCGGGCGCAGCCGUCUUCAAGAGCGCAGAGGUGCACACGGCGCUCGACGACACGUUCCUGAUCUCGGGCCCGAUCCCCCGGCGCACCGACUACGAGGGUGGGAUCCCCGGCGGCAUCCGGCUAAACGCGCAGAACCAGUGGGAGGCCGACGAGCUGAUCCUCGACGAGCGGCUCGUCAUGUGCCACCUUAAAGGCAGGGGGCUCGUCGUGUUCACGGGCUGCAGUCACGCCGGUGUGGUUAAUGUCGCGCGGCAUGCGCUGGAGCUUGGGGGCGGGGGAGGGGUCCCGCUGCACACGAUUGUCGGCGGGUAUCAUCUCGCGGACGGGUCGCCGGAGAAGUUGCGGAGGUCGAUGCGGGAUUUGAAGGCGCUGGGGCCGGCGGUGCUGAUGCCGGGGCAUUGUACGGGGUGGAGGUUCAAGGUCGAGAUUGAGAGGGAGAUGCCCGGGUGCAUGGUGCCGGUUUUUGGGGGCACGAGGUAUGAGCUUGUUUGAGCUUGGGAAGGGGGGGGGGGGGGCUGGACUGGAUAGGAAGAGGUUACAACUCCACUCUAUUCUCGGAAAUGCUGAUCUACCUAGACAUACGUACAUAGGUAGGUAGGCUUGUAACAGGAACUUGGUAUACUGGGCAAUUCGGGUUACACUAGACCCCUAUUCUGAUGUACUAUCUAAGAGAAACAUGUUCAUCGCAAUCUAGAAUUCAAAGAACUCUUUUUUUUUUUUAAAAAAAAAAAAAAAGAAUCGCAACACCCUUUUCUACGAGAAGUCUUCCAGAUAUCGCAUAAACUAUAAGACCAAGUAAUGCCAUGCGGUGAGCUCAAGUAGAUGGGCAAAACAGGAAUAGUAUCAUGAUUGAUAUACUUCUAAUUGGC